UCAGCGGAGAGCAGCUCGGAGUGAGCGGCGGCACUGAAAGCCACACUGAGUGGGAAGUAAUAACGGCAGGCUGAACGGGAGCGGUGUGCAGCCCUACUCCACCGGAAUGAAUCGACCCAGUCUGCGCCUGCGCACUCCUACCAACUGCCAUCUGUAGGGAUCUCUCCCUGUUUCUCUUGUCUCGUGCGAGAGAAGGGAAACCAGCAGGCGGCUCCGGGCUCGCGCUCGCUGCCCCGGUUGUCAAGGCGCCAGUCUGUGACUUCUCCUCGCUGCGGCAGGACGGUGACAGCUCACAUCGGCUCUCUCAUUUGUCGGAUUGGGCUCGGAUUUUUUUUUUUUUGGGCUCUUUGGAUUUGGAGAUUUGGUGGCAGUGGCGGACUCUCUUCGUCUUAUUUCUGAAACCGUACUGAACCCUGCCUGCUCUGACACUGUGACUCCAGACAGACAUAGUGGCUGACAGACACUGAAAAAGAAGUGGGCAGAUCAACAGAUAGGGAGGACAGAGGGAGAAGUACAACCUCUCGUAGAGUGGUGGCAAGAGUGACAGGGGAGCACAUGAGGAGCGGAAGUGGUGUGACAGCAACAUCCUGACCAGUAACCUUGCUUCUGCACCCCACCACACGCCCAGCAACUCCUGAAGCGGGCGUCAGAAGGAAGGAAACGUGCGACCACUCCUCCUGCAGGCAUGAGGUCCUUCCGUUCCUUCAGUAACGAUGACCGCCACGUCAUGGCGAAACACUCCACCAUCUACCCCUCCUCUCAGGAGCUGGAAGCCGUACAGACGCUGGUGUCCACGGUUGAGUGCGCCCUCAAACAUGUCUCUGAUUGGCUGGAUCAGAGCAUCGGUGACGUCAACAGCCAGGUCAACACCCAACCAGCAGACAGCACAGAGGAUGAUGAUCCUGAUGAUGAGCCCAGCGAUGAAACUGAGGAUUCCAGUGACAGCUACAGAGAGUCCAAUAGUGGUGGCGUGCUGUGUGGAGUGAUGAGGAUCGGCCUGGUGGCCAAAGGCCUCCUGAUCAAAGGCGACAUGGACCUGGAACUCGUGCUGAUGUGUAGAGACAAACCCACACAGACACUGCUGGACACUGUUUGUCACAAUUUACCCACACAGAUCGAGAAGCUGACAGAAGAGAAAUAUGAGGUCACAAGCUCCUUGCCCGAGGCAGCCAUCUUGGUACAAACUACAACAGAGCCCAAACUCACACUGAAGAUUACCCUCACCUCACCGGCAAUGAGGGAGGACGAGGAAGAAGAGGAGGAGGAAGAGGGCGAGUUGGAGAAUGGGGAGGAAGGACAGGAGGUGGAGGAGGAGGAGGAGGAGGAGGAGGACGAGGAGGAAGUGAAGGAGGAAGAGGAGGAACAGGAGAAGAAGAAUGGGCGAGUGUUGGGUGCUGCUGCGCAGAGAGUGGAGGCUGAGGAGGAGGAGGGGGAGGUGCUGGAUAGACACAGAUGUCUGUUGGCCCUGGCAGCGCUGCGACACGCCAAGUGGUUCCAGGCUAGAGUGAAUGGGCUCAAGUCCUGCGUUAUCGUUCUCAGGAUACUUAGAGACAUGUGCAAUAGACACCCCAUCUGGGAACCUCUCAAGGGAUGGCCCUUAGAACUUAUCUGCGAGAAGGCAAUUGCCACCUGCAACAGACCUCUCGGGGCUGGAGAAGCCCUGCGUCGAGUCAUGGAGUGUCUGGCCUCAGGCAUACUGCUACCGGGUGGUCCAGGUUUACACGACCCAUGUGAGAAAGAGCCAACAAACACACUAGCCAACAUGACCGACCAGCAGGCUGAGGCCAUUACCUACAGUGCGCAGCAUGCUCUCAGACUCAUGGCGUUCGGACAGAUCUACAAGGUGUUGGAGAUGGAGCCUCUUCCCUCGAAUAAACCAUCACAGAAAUACCCUUGGUCUGAUAAAGAAGGCUUAGGUCUGAAGAGGCCAUACGAGGAUGGAGCAAUGGAUGACAAGGACCUCAUCAAGAAGAUGAAGAGGAAUCUGAGGAAAGUCCUAGACAGUAAAGCCAUAGACUCCAACCAGCCAAUGAACGCCUUGAUGCGAUUGAACCAGAUCCGGCCGGGGCUGCAGUAUCGCCUGCUGUCCCAGUCGGGCCCGGUUCAUGCUCCAGUCUUCACCAUGUCUGUGGAUCUGGACGGAACCAUUUAUGAAGCGUCUGGAUCCUCCAAGAAGACCGCCAAGCUCCACGUAGCCGUCAAGGUUCUCCAGGCGAUGGGCUACCCAACAGGUUUCGACUCAGACUUGGACCCCAUGAGUUCAGAUGAGAAGUCGGAUGGCGAGGGGAAGAGCGAGACAUCAUCACACACUAGCAAUAACCCAACACACUCCUCAGACAGUUCCAACACACUGGAGGUGCGAACUCAGGGUCCCAUACUGACGGCAAGUGGGAAGAACCCUGUGAUGGAGCUAAACGAAAAGAGACGAGGCCUCAAAUACGAGCUCAUCUCUGAAAGUGGAGGCAGCCAUGACAAACGCUUUGUUAUGGAGGUGGAGGUCGAUGGGCAGAAGUUCCGUGGGGCAGGCCCCAACAAAAAAGUAGCAAAGGCCAGUGCUGCUCUAGCAGCUCUGGAAAAACUCUUCUCUGGUCCCAAUGCAGCUGCAAACAAGAAAAAGAAGAUAUUGCCUCAGACUAAAGGAGCACUGGCCGCGGCAGCAGCAGCCUCAGCAGUAGCAGCUCAGGUAGCCAGAGGAAGAGGAAGAGCAGCCCUCGCAAGAGGAGCCUUCGUCAGUGCAGCCGCACCUGGAUAUGUCACACCAGGCUUUGGGACACCGUAUGGCUACAGCCCUGCUGCAGCAGCUGCUCCUGCAUACGGUGGUCUGUUCAUUGACAAUCCCUUCUACCAGCCACGGACCCUUGCUCCAUUUAUCAUUCAUCUGGGUCCCCAGGAUCUCUUCUCUGACUUCUAAAGGCGGCAGGUUGUUGGAUACGCUCUUCACUCUUACCUGUCUGUAUACGCAGGACACCUGUUUUUUUUUUCUGUCCAUCUAAGCGGGCUGCCUUUCUAUCCAGGUGACGGACUCGCAGAUCCAAAACUGGUUUGAUCAGUCCGCUGAAAAGAAAAACGUUCUGCCCUACAACAGCGGCAGAAACUAUCUCACCUACUGACCGAGAGGCUCAAAGCUCCUCUCUCUGUUUUCUCAACUCUCCGUCCAGAUUUAUCACUUCAGAGGGGAGAAACUUUACACGAAGCAAUACUCAGACUCUGCGUGAGGCUGGGCUGAACUUGGGUCUUUCUUAUAGCAAUACACCUGAACUCCUGUCUUCGAGCUUACUUACUUGAGAAGAUGUGAAUGUCCGAUGGAGUUUUACCCAACACAGCAUUGCAAUAGCUCAUUUUGAUUGUAUAUUCAUUGUAUGUAUGUGUACGUGUGGCUAUAACAUGACUAUAUACACAUAUAUGUAUGAUGUAUGUUUCUAUAACGACGUGUUGACAAUAAUAUUACUAUAUGAUGUAUUUAUGUAAAUAUUCUAUAAAAUAUAACUAUUGUUGGUAUAAAUUAUUUUAGAAUUAUAAAGUGAAAUGUAACUGUAAUAUCACAGUAUAGCUUUCUUCCAAUUUUAUAUACACUGAGCAAUUGAAGCUAGUUCUAGGAGAUGCAAUAUUAUCUUUGGUAUUCCUAUUAACCUGUGCUGUUAGAAUAAUAAUGCUUCCUUCCUCUCUUUCCUUCAAACUUUCCCUCUAUCUUUGAUGUCUCUCUGAGCCUUUCUGAGCACGCUCUCUGCUGCCCGAGGUUUGUUUACGUGGCCCGGACCAGAGGUGCUCCCUACUGAACACACUCAUGACCUAUUAACACCUGUGCACACACACACACACACACACAUACAUACAAACACUUUUCCUGUCAGAAAGCACAUUUUCUAUAGUCUCACUGCUGGCAGGGAAUACUGUUGUUACAAAUACAGUACUGUAUGUGUAUAGUAUGUGUAUAUUCUGAUGUACGCGCUACACCCUCUACCAUCAACACAUGUUAACGACCAUCAACACUCAGAACAAUCGUCAGCUCCGUCCCGCUCGCCUUAGGGACCAAAAAGCACAGCUCACUCACACCCAUUACUAUUUCUUUAUUUCUGCAAGCACACCCCCUCCCUACACCACCCCCCCAGUGGCUGUCUUCUACUGUACGUGUGUGUGUGUGUGAUGCUGCUGGUGGGAGAAGGCCUUGUUAAACAGUGGGGAAAACACAGCACAAAACUGCUGGUGGAUCUUAAAUUGGAUUCAUAUGAUCCUGUCUGUGCAUCACCACUAUCAUUUGCAGGAACUGAUCUCUCCCGUGUGUGUACAGCAGCAUUUGAGGAAUAGGCACAUUUCAGUGAUCUGUUAUGGGUUGAGGUUUUACCGCCUUUGCCGGUCGUUGAAGCCCAUCCAAUAUAUGCCUGAUCAGUAUUGACCACGGCAAUCUCUGGCUUUGUGUUACAGCUCAUUAAAACAAUUCCAAUGAGUUCCACACAGCGAGGUUUACAGAUUUUAAAUAAAAUGUAAAAAAACAGCACUGGUCUCAGCAGAUACCUUUGGAGCAGGUGUCGGUAUUGGGGAGAGAGAGGAGGAUAGGUGCAUCUCUAGUUUCCCUCUGUAAGGCUUAACAUGCUCAAACACAGUGAUUCUCAACAUUUCGAGCAAAAGACACACAUCUGACAUUUGUCAGAAGCAAAAUUCGCUUUUGAGAUCAAAACAUCUUGUUAAAUAAUGUAUAUUGAUGAAGUUGGGUAUUUUUGAAGAAUUGAAGCAUCUUCAUGAAGCAUGUUCGUCCUUCGGACCUCAGCUGUCAGCCGGCAAUAAGGUGGACAGUUCACCUGUUGUUGAACUACUCAGGACUGGUUAGCGGAAGAGGGAACUAGAUUUGUAGUUGAUCAUUGUUAGUCUCAAAAUAUGUGUAUAUUGCGUAUGAGUAGUUGAGUGUGUAGUGAUAGUGUGGUUGGUUUAACCCUGCUUUUGCACAUAUUGAAUUUAUGUAGGAAGUAAUUAGACUGAGAGGAGCGAUAUUCCAUAAACUCUGAGGUGAUUUUGUAUUGUUAAAGCCAAGCAGGUGUAACAACACUGCACACACAGUGAUAGCAGUCACAGUAUACUCAUAGUACUCACUCAGUGUUGUGUGGGAUGUUUGUGAAUUUCGGUGGUGCUUACAUGCUUCUGAAAGCUCUUCAUCAGUUUUUUGUUUUUUUUCAAUUACUUUUAGGCUUUAAUAGAUACGAGAUGUCAGUCAGCAGAGGCAAAAUCAAACAGAAUGUGCAUCAAAAGGCUUUGAUUCUCCUCACACUCACCUUCAUCUGGGCACCAGUUUGAUCUCCUGUGUUUGUGUCUGCUUUGAUUCAACAAAAAGCAACGGCUGAGAAAGAGACAACAGACUCACUAAUGCCCCAGAGCCCAUUUUCCAAGACAAUAAGUCAAAUUAGAGUUGGAUUUUAUGACACCAUUGAGAUGGCAGUGAAGAGAAUUUGUAACAUUUUACUGAAGAUGCAAAAAACAAUGCCACCAAGCUGUGAUGGUGAGAUUGGAGAUAACCUGAAAGAUUUGAUGUAUUUGUUUUCUCAUUGGGCUUAGCGUCUUGAAGUGGUGAGGUGACGCAAACUAGCUUUUGAUCAGUCUGUUUGAACAGACUGUAAUAACACAGAGGCUGCCAGUCCAGUGUCUUUUACAGAUAUUUCAUCUUCUAAUCUCUGUUUACAUAUGAGAAGCAUAUCUGGCUGGAAUUUACAGGGUUAAAGUAGUGCCAGGAUCUUACAGGUUUUUGACACGCAGCAGCAUUAACAUCCUAAGAUGUCUUGUAGAAACUAGAUCCAUCCAUGUUCAUUAACUGUGGAUCUUUGCAGUGCUGUCUCUUUUUAUUGUGGGUUUUGCAGAAUAGCUGUUCUCAGCUUUGUACUGUGGUCUCCGAGCACAUUUGGUCGACUCGUCUCUAAAAGUCUGGGUGCUGCUUUGCCCUGACUUUUUUCGUCCUUGUGUGGAAUUCAUAGGGAGGUGAAUAACCUGGAGCUUGACUGUGUGGAAACAGACCUUCUCUAUCAGCUAAGAAUUCCUCCUAAUUUCCCCUCUGCCCUCUCUCUGUCUCUCUCUCUCUCUGCCCCUGUCCUCUCUGUCCAGAUGGCCCACAUUAAUAAGGCAGACAGUCAUACCUCAGUGAGCAACCUUUUCAUUUCCCCUUAGACUGAACAGACACGCAGGAGAAGUCACCCUGACGACUGACCCUGUCCUGUUGGUCCGUUGGCUGGACGACCGCGUUCAGAGGAAGGGUGGCAGAGGGAGAGUCGGUCAUAAAAUCUGGCACAGGUGGCGGUCUGGUGAGACUGUGCAGGCUGGGGAGCUGUUGUCCCCAUGUUAGGCAGAGGUCCCACAUAUGUGUUUCUUGCUAGGAUUUACAAUGCAAUCUAACGUUUCUUAUAUAAGUAACAACUAGAUUAGAUGCAAAAGAGGAAUCAGAUGUUUGAUUUAAAAAAAUAUUCUAAGUAUCCAUGUUUGUGGUCUAAUAGGGAUAAUCGCAGGGAAAAUAUUUUUUUUUCCUUGUUCUUUAAAAGUAUAUAUUUAGUGAUGAUGUAGAAAAAGCAUGAGAAACAAAGAGUCAAAUGAAACCAAUGCUGCUUCUUUCAUAAUCGACAUCGACACAAGCUUUAUUCAGUACAUGGAGAAUAAGAGGGAGGCAGAGGAGCAGGCUCAGCAUCUUCCAGCUGUGUUUCCCAUACUCAUCAGGAAGAUGACUCUAUAAUCUGAAUAGAAAAUAUUACUGUUAUACGUUUUUUCUUGAACAAACACGCUCACAGCAUCCCGGUUUGAAGGCUUGGACAGGUAAUGUCCAUGUGGAUACCUUUUCUAGAGAGUAAUGGUUGUUUGUGCUGGACUCUGGGUCCCAUUGAGUUUUCUGAUGGAUGUUCCUCCUGUUCCAGUUUUCCCCAGAAAUGUCUCUAAGAGAUCGCUUUGAAACAGGAAAAGGUGGCGGCCAUUGUAAACACCCCGGUCCUCCACAAACACUGACUUCUGUAGGCGUUCACCAACUACACCUGUAAAUCUAAGAAGCACAAAACCCACGAAUACACCCACACAUCGUUCUCAGGGCCACCUGACACACACGUGUAUGCAAAUAGGCAAACACACAAGCACACAUGUAAUCGUAUAUGUAAAUAUUUCAGCAUUCACCGACAAUAACAGCCGAGCACAUUGAGACAAUAUUACAUUCUUUGCUUUGUGGUUUGUAUAUAACACAUAAGAUUUUACUGUGUGUAGUGAGAGUAACACAAGUGGUUAGGCCUUGUUUGUACUUUAGGAUUUGAGCCAUGUAUAGCUGAGAAAACACGUCCCCACCUCCCACAUUUUGUUAUGUUGGUGCUGUAUAACGGGCUGUCUGUAGCACUGUAUAUAAUGGAUUUUACUCUUAAGUUUGCUUUUUGGAGAAGUUCAUCUGUGAACAACUUGAGCUUUGCUGUCAGGAGAAACAAAAGAAGAGUAUUGUCAUCAAAGAACCUCUUUGGCACCAAAUGCAGGAGCUUUACGCGUUUCAGAUGCUGCAAUAUGUUCAGCAGUUUGAAGGGUUCUGAGUGCUUUCGUUGCCAGGUAACGUCAGGUUUUUUGGGCUUUCUAUUUGGAGACCGUUUGAGCCCGGUUUACCUCAGGCACCUCUUCAUCCAUCUGCCAGGUCAAAGGUCAGAAAGUGAAUGAUGGAGAGAUGCUUUUGGGAAACUGGUCAGCUCUGCGGGAUGGGAUUUUUCCAGACACCAAAGACUCUGAAGCCUUUGUUGCGCAAAUCUGAUCAUCCCGGCAGUCUCAGAAGUGAGAAACCUGGCGGUAUGUGAUCUGAUAUUCAGUGUCUAGACAGUUAUGAAAUGUCAGGUAAAAAUCUUUUUGAAAAAGAAUUAGCUCUCCUGUGUGUAAAUCCAGCCUCUGUAUAAAAACUGUCUUGCUCAUUAUUGCAUUAGCACAGAAAGUUGGAGUUUGAGUCUGGGAGUCAUGCUUGAAUGUGUUUUGGAAGCAAAGAAAGAUGAGCUGCAGAAAGAGCCAGAAAGUCCAUCGGCGAGGCACUCUCAACUCCGCAGAGCAGCAAAAAUAGAUCCGGCAUCACGUUUCGACGGCAGAGGCAAAGUUAACCAGACUAACUGCCGAACAGAUCAUUUUCUCUGGGUGUGUGUGCAUGUGCGUCAUGGGGGAAAUGUGUGCGUUUGUGUGUUCAUCUGGCAAGCACAUAGACGCGAGGGGAUGGGGAAGCUUUUUUACACACAUAUGCACACACACACACACACACACACACACACACUCACGUACGCUCAUCCACACAAUAUUGCAGUCACAUUGAGCAUGUUGUUGCAUCCUGGUCAUGGUCCACUGAUUGUUUAAGUCCAAUAUCCUCCUGAUAAAUGAUCAAAGCAUUUUGGUUGGGAAUGUACACUGUUGUUAUAGUGAUUGUAGAGUAGAAUGUAUUUACUCAUAAGGAAGAGUAAACUUGCUUUUUUGUAGAGAAGCAUAUAUAUAUACAGAAUAUAUAUGGAUACAUACAUAUAUAUACAUCUAUAUAUCUUUUGAACUACUUGUGUGUGAGAGUUGUUUUGGGCGCAUCCACCCUGAUAGGAUUCAUAUUUCUUGCCCCUUAUUCAAUUUUUAUUUAUAAUGUUUUGACAAAAGUAGCGUCUUAUGAGUGAUGAGUGUUUACUUUUUCCUGUAAAUAUAAUUUUUUUUAAUUUUAUUUUUUGACAAAGGGGGGAUUAAAAGAAACUGUUUUACGAUGCUGCCUAUGAAACUAUGAAGUGAUAUCUGUCCACAGAAUCUGUUCGAUCUAUGAAAUUAUCAAAGUAAAAAUGUUUUGUGAAAUGUAACAGCGACAGGGUGGGAGUCUCACAGGUGAACAGAAGCCAGUGACAAUGAAUGAAGGGGUCCUCGCUGUAUUGAUCGUUUUGAUUAGUAGCAACAUUCACAGCAGUGAUGAUCUGUGGUUGUCACUGUUUUUGACAUAAUCUAUGCUUGACGAACUGAAAAUAAAUCGGAAAAAGUGCUGAAUCUCUA